AUGCCUUUCGUCGAAAGAUUCCAACAAAUACGUAAUUUUGUUAUGAACGUUUGUCUCGCCGAGGCCAUCCAAUUCGUCCAGGACCUCUCGCACGCCAUCUGCCUCGACUUCCAGGGCCUGUUCAACCUCAAGUAGGCCUCCUUGAGCCACCAUCG